AUGCAUUUUGCUUCGCUUCUUCCGUUGCUCAUCGGCCUCGUUGCCGCGACUGCCAUUCCUCGCCAGGAAUCCAAGAGAUGCACCAAUCCUGUUAAGCGCGUCGAGUUCCGUACUCUGGAUAAGACCCUUCGCAAGGAAUAUACCGACGCCGUUAUGUGCCUUACAAAGAAGCCUUCAAGCAUUAACCUGAAGACAUCUUUGUACGAUGACUUCACUUAUUUGCACACCCAUCUCAACAGGGAAAUUCACUAUGUUGCGCAGUUCCUACCCUGGCACAGAUACUUCACCCAUCUCUACCACAAGCAGCUCCAGGCUUGUGGCGACACUGGCCCCAUGGUGUACUGGGACUGGGUUAAGGAUUCCAAGGACACUGCCAAGUCUGAUUUCUGGGACGCUGAAACCGGAGUUGGCGGCAACGGCGGUGACAAGACCGAGAAGACCAGCGACGGCCGUGAAUGGAAGUGUCUGGUGGGCGGACCUUUCAAGGACAUCCGCCCUGCUUACAGUUUGGUUCUUUCCAACGAGCACUGCUUGUCUCGCGACUUCUUCGAUGGCGAGAACCGUCCUGGUAACAUGCGUGCUUCCGGCUACACACCCGAGGUCAUCGCCGAGAUGAACAAGCUUCCCGAUUUUGAAGCCUUCGAGUUUCAGCUGGAGAACGUUCCUCACGGCUCCAUCCACAGCGCCGUCGGUGGCCAAAUGGGAGACAUGGGCCCCUCCUCUUCCCCCAACGAUCCCGUCUUCUUCAUGCACCACACCCAGGUCGACCGCUUGUGGGCUCUCUGGCAAGAGCAGGACCGCGACACCCGCCUAAAGGAUUACUCCGGUAUCCGAGAGCGUCUGGAGACACCCAACAGCGGCAACGCUACAGCCGGUGGAAACUCGACCAUGGAAAUGCCUAACCCUCGCGCUAAGAUUACCGAUAUCAUGCCCUUUAUGGGCUUGGUUGGUGCCGAGGAUAUCCCCGUCUCCGAUGUCAUGGAUACCAAGAGCGACCUCCUCUGUUAUACAUACUAA